AUGUGCAUAUUUCACAAGGGUGGUCAAAUGAGUGAUCUCGUGGAAGAAAACUGCAAGAAAAGCUAUUCUUCCCAGGAAACAUCUGCAGAAAAAAAUAUGUCUCCUGCUAAGGACAGCUCAACAAGACACAAAAAAUUGAUGAAGCUAAAGAACAAAACACAUAAUUCUGCCUCUUACAUGGCAACUUGCAAACUCCGUGCUGCUGUACCAGAGCCAUGUGUUCAGAGUCAUGAUUCCUCCAUCUCCAGUCAGGAUGCACAGUCGCAAAAACUUGAGAAACAAUUAAAAUGCUUAGCCUUUCAAAAUCCAGGACCUCAGGUAGCUGACUUCAAUCCUGAAACUAGACAGCAGAAAAAGAAAGCAUACAUAUCACAGAUGAAACAAAAUUUUUUUAAUAACUCCAAAUUUAUAAGGAAGUAUGACAAACAUGGCAGGCUGCUUUGUAAUGACAUAGACUUAUGUGAUUGCCUGGAAAUGGACUGCCUGGGUUGCUUCUAUCCUUGCCCCAAAUGCAACUCAAACAAAUGUGGAUCAGAAUGCCGCUGCAACAGAAAAUGGGUUUAUGAAACGAUUGAGACGGAAGCUGGAGAUGUGAUCAGUGCGCUGCCAUUUUUUGUCCCUGACUGAUUAUGUUCUGUUAGUUUUUGUGCCUGAACACUGUUCUUUGUUCUUCAUGUUUUAUUAAAAUAAAUCUUGGUUUUAUGAA